GGCCCGGCCUGAUCACCUGUCAGACCCAAACCUAACGGUCCGGUCCGAAAGCAGCUUACGUCGUCGUUUCUCUAUUUCAGAAAUUCAAUCGUCAACACACACACACACACACACGGAGUUCACUCAGAGAAAAAUCAAUAAUAAUGGAAACCAAAUGUUUGGAUCCUUGAAUUUUCGCCUCCCGAAAAUCCCGAACCCUUAUUUGCACAAAACCCAUUUGAAUCGAUACAUUUUCACAUUGGGAAGGUGAUCGCAAUGGCAGCAACUGUAGAAGGAGAAGAUAAGGUUUUAGCCACUGCACAAAGGAUCGUUCAGAGCCUUAACAACACUUCAGACGCCGAUGAUAUGUUGCUGAUUCUCUCGGCCUUCGACAACCGCCUCUCCAAUCUCUCCUCCUUUGUCUCCGGCGAGGACCCACCUUCCGACGACCCGCGAUUUGAGGCUGCUGAGAAGAUCAUUCUCAAUGGGGUAAAUUCGUCUUCAAUAAGCGAGGAUUAUUGGAAUGCUAUUGAUGAGAUUAUAGAAUUGACUGAGGAAUUGAAUUUGAAUAAUCGGGAAGCGGAAACUAGGGUGGGAGAUGUGAAGGAUGAUGUUAUGGAUAGGGCGGAGAACGCACUGCAAUUGGCGAUGACGCGCUUGGAGGAUGAGUUUAGGCAUAUCUUGAUUGGUAAUACGGUUCCUCUUGACCCGGAUCGCCUUCAUCGUUCUUCUCUCUCGUCGUUUUCUGCGGCAAUGGCUGUGGCUGCGACGGAGCUUUUUAAUGAUGACGCGAGUGUGAAUCUGGAUGAUGUUAGCAGUGGGGGAUAUAGUCAGCGUAGGUACAGUCGUGGGGUGAGUUUGGGGGGAGAUGAUAUUUCCCUUGAUUUGGUUCAUCCAGAUGCGGUGAUUGAUCUGAAAGAGAUUGCAGAUCGGAUGAUACGAUCCGGGUAUGAAAAGGAAUGUUGCCAGGUUUAUUGUACUGUUCGCCGUGAUGUUCUUGAUGAAUGUUUGACGAUCCUUGGAGUAGAGGUGUUGAGCAUUGAGGAGGUCCAGAGGAUUGAAUGGCCUUUAUUGGAUGAAAAAAUGAAGAAGUGGAUUCAAGCUGUUAAAGUCGUUGUUCGGGGUCUUUUGUCAAGUGAAAAACGCCUCUGUGAGCAGAUCUUUAGUGAGUCUGAUUUGAUCAAGGAGGUUUGCUUUUUGGAGACGUCGAAAGGUUGUGUGAUGCAGUUAUUGAGUUUUGGUGAGGCAGUUGCAAUAGGGAGGAGGUCCUCCGAGAAACUUUUUCGGGUUCUUGAUAUGUAUGAAACUUUGGCUGUGGUUUUGCCUGAUUUGCAGGCGCUAUUUAUGGAUGAAGAAGCUGGUGAGAUGGUUUGUAUCGAUACCAAGGGCGUGUUGGAUGGUUUGGGCUAUGCAGCCAUUGGGAUUUUCGUAGAGUUUGAGAAUGCGGUUAAGGGGGAGGCUUCUAAGAAGCCGAUACCAAAUGGUGAGAUUCACCCACUCUCACGCUAUGUUAUGAAUUAUGUGAAACUGCUCGUGGAUUAUACGGAUACUCUUAAUGCGCUUUUGGAGAAUGUGGAGGAAAAAUCACGAGAAACACUGAGUGAGAAUAAAGAUAAUUUGGAGGUGGAUAACAUGUCACUGGUAGCUCGACGUCUACUGGCACUGAUCAAAUCAUUGGAAUCAAAUCUUGAGGAGAAGUCGAGAAUGUAUGACGAUAAUGCACUGCAGAAUAUAUUUUUAAUGAACAAUAUACUUUACAUCGUCCAGAAAGUGAAAGACUCACAGCUUCGAAACCUUUUGGGAGAUAACUGGAUUAGAAAACGAGGGGGUCAGAUUCGACAGUAUUCGACGUAUUAUCUUAGGGCAACUUGGAGCAAGGUCUUAUCUUGUUUGAAAGAUGAAGGGACAGGUGGGAGCUCAAGCAAUGUCUCGAAGGUGGUUCUGAAGGAGAGAUUUAAGAAUUUUAAUGCAUGCUUUGAAGAUAUAUAUCGGAUUCAGACUGGUUGGAAGGUUCCAGAUCCUCAGCUACGUGAAGAGCUUCGAAUAUCAAUUUCAGAAAAAGUCAUUCCAGCUUACCGCUCGUUUUUGGGAAGGUUUGGGAAUCAUUUAGAAAGUGGGAGGAAUGCUGGAAAAUACAUAAAAUACACUGGCGAGGAUUUGGAGAAUUAUUUGUUGGAUCUAUUCGAGGGAACACCCCUUAUUCUGCACAACAUGAGAAGAAAAAGUACCUAAAAUGAGGGAAAAGGUAUGUUUUUCUGCAUUAACUGAAAGUUUCACCACCUACAUUCAGGUAGCUGAUGUGUUCUUCUUUACUGGUUUGGAUGUAUUGGGCUCGAGUUUUGUGAAAGAUAUCCACACACUCCAUAUACUGUAAUGAUUUUGUACAUGUACUGCAUUUUUUAUUUGAGAAACUAAAUUUUACAUGGAUUUGUCCUCACAAAUUACAUUGGCUGUUGGAAACAUAUCUUGGGCUCAUGAAUUAUAUAUAAUGUUGAUAACA